AUGACUGAGAAGAUCCUUUCAAUCUCAGACCUCGAAGCUGCGGCUUCGAAAGUAUUACCGACGUCGGUGCGCGAGUUCUACAACUCCGGUGCGACAGGCCAAGUUACAGUCCGUGAAAACUCUUCAGCUUUUCAAAAAUAUCGCCUGUUGCCAAGAGUCCUGAGAGAUGUUUCGAGGGUUAACACAGAAAUACCUCUUUGGGGGAGAAACAUCGCUUUUCCUCUCUGUGUGUCCCCAGCUGGCAUACAAGCGAUGGCCCACCCCGACGGGGAACUGGCGACAAGCAGAGCGUGCGCUAAAAUGAACGUUAACAUGGGUGUGUCAUCUUUCAGCAAUCAUUCCGUCGAGGAUGUUGUCGCGGCGGGCAUGGCCAUCGGGCCGGUUCAUCAUGUUAUGCAGCUUUAUUCUAUGAAGGAUAGGAAAACGGAAGAGGGCAUUAUUCGACGGGCUGAAGCAGCUGGCUGCAAGGCCAUUUUCCUCACGGCAGAUAGCCCCGUACUAGGGGUCCGCUACAAUGAAUGGAGGAAUGGGUUCCAACCGUCUCCCGGGCUAGGGUAUCCCAUGCUUAAUAGGUCUCCUGAAGAUAUUGCCCAACAAUCUCAUGAUGAUGGGUUCAACUCGUUUAAUUCAGAUUCUCACUCUUGGGCCAAAGAGAUCUCAUGGUUGCGGAGUGUCACAAAUAUGGAAAUUUGGAUCAAGGGAGUACUUACCCCAGAGGAUGUGGAACUGGCUGUUGAAUAUAAAUGUGACGGGGUCGUCAUUAGCAAUCAUGGGGGGCGUCAAUUGGAUGAGACACCAGCAACUAUCGAUGCGCUCCCACCUUGUGCCCAGGCAGCGAGAGGGCGGAUCCGAAUCCACGUUGACGGAGGAAUUAGAUCUGGUGUUGAUAUUUUCAAGGCAUUAGCUCUAGGAGCGGAAUGUUGCUGGGUUGGUCGACCUGCACUCUGGGGUUUAGCGUAUAACGGCGAACAAGGAGUUGAAUUAAUGCUCAGGAUCCUCUACGAGGAUUUCAAAAGAUGUAUGCAGCUGGUGGGAUGUACAUCGAUAUCCGAAAUCGGUCCAGCAAACCUCGGGGUCGUCCGGGGUGACGGACCUUUGGCAAGGUUGUAA